UAGCUAACUAACUAGCAUUAUUUACAUACGAACUAUUUAGACCUGGUAGUCGUAUUUAUAUAUUUAAAAAGAUAAAUAAUGUUGAGGGUUUUUUUUUAUUUGGAUAGAGAAUAUCUCAUUUUAAUUCACCACAUGAGCAAAGAGUACAGCUGUGUCAGAAGGGUGAGCCUGCUGAUUUAGGAGAAACACCCUCUACACUGCCCACGUUCCUCAGUCAGUGACAAGGGAACUACACCAACCAUAUGGUCAGAAGCGAGCUCCAUGAAGACGUGGUGUGUGAAGAAGAUGGAAGAACCCGAGAGUCCUGCACAGAGCCCUGACCUCAACCCUACUGAACACAUUUGGGAUGAACUGCACCCCAGACCUCCUCACACGACAUCAGUGCCUGAUCUCACUAAUGCUCUUGUAGCUGAAGGAUCACAAAUCCCCACAGUCGUGCUCCAAAAUCUAGUGGAAAGCCUUCCCAGAAGAGUGGAGCUUAUUAUAACAGCGAAUGGAGGAUUAAAUCGAGCAAACCACAUAUGGAUAUGGUCAGGUGUCCACAAAGUUUUGGCCGUAUCGUGUAUCUCUAGUCAGUAAUAUGUUGUUCUGUGCAUGUGACCACGCUCAUGUAUGAUCAAGUUACGAAGAUGUUCAGAGUAGCAGCAGAGACAGCAGUGCGUACGCAGUGUAGUGGAUUAUGCAGCCAGCGGAUUUUCAGUGCAGCUGCAUCCCCAGUUCUGAGAAACCACAGUUGCUGUUGAGGAAGUAGGGUUGUGAAAUUAUUUUUGGUAGCCACAACCACGUGCAAAAAUUUUGAGAACUGCUGGAGGAACUUGAUUGGGUAAAAUAAUAAAGUAAAAUAGAUGUAAAUGCAUUUGAGGUUACUGUCUGACAUAUAUACAGUUGCAAUCAAAAUAAUUCAACCCCCAUUGCAAAUCAGGUUUAUUGUCAAAAUUUACCGACUUUCACCUGUUCGAAAUGAACAAAUCAAACAAAAGCAAUUGAAAUAGUUCAACACAACGAAUGUUUCAAGUGUUUUCCCCAAAUUUAUUCAACCCUUUCAUGGCAAGCAUUUUUAGUACUUAGUAGAGCACCCUUUUUGCUGUUAUGACCUGCUGCAAACGAGAUACAUAGCUUCUGGCAGCAUUCCUGAGGAACCUUAGCCCAUUCCUCAUGAACAAUGGUCUCCAGUUCAGGAAAUCUCUGGCCAACGACACUGCUUUAGCCUGGUCGGUGUCAUGGUGGUUCCGGAGUCUAUCCCAGGAAUAACGGCCGUGAGGCGGGAUUACACACGUAUCCAUCAACUAGUUCACCUAUUGGCAGGUUUUUUGGACCAGGGAGGAAACUGGAGAACCCGGAUGUAACCAAGCAAGAAACAGAAAACGUGUGAAGCCCCACCUAAAUAAAAACUCGAGCUCAGGAUCGAAUUAUGGUUCCACCGUGCCGCCCUUUCACUAUAUUCACUCACUACAUAGGGAAUGUGGUUCAGGAGCUCGCGAACCAGCACUAUAUAGUGACAUGUUUAUUUAAGCAAUUAACAGAUUUUCAUACAUUAAGUGGCGAAGAUCAUUUUGCCAAUAGGUUGUGAUUUUAUACUCAUGCAAAACAUUCAUAUGUGGAUUUUUUUUUGUUCUUUCUUUCAAAUACGUACGUAUUAAGGAAUUCGGUUUAUGAGAUUUGUUCCGACAGCAUGAAUAUUUAUUCACGUACACUCAUCUGAACCGCAAACCCGUGAGCCGAGGAGACUACGGUACUUGCUGCGUCACCAAAUCGAGAUGAAAACGAGAACACAUCACGUAGAAACAGAUGAGCGUUAAGUACUAUAGAUUUAUAUAAAAGCUCGUUAUCCAAACAGAUGCAUUGUAUAGCUUUUUUUGCACAGGUGGGCACCAACCUGACCGAUCUAACCCUGAGGAAGAGGAGAGUGACUGUGAGGGAGUUAGGAGGCUGCAUGGGCCCCAUAUGGCCCAGCUACUUCCGGGACUGCACAUCCGUUAUCUUCAUGGUAGAUUCUGCCAACAUCGCACAGAUUUCCUCCUCCUGCAUCCAGCUGCUGUGCGUUCUCUCUGCCGCGCCGCUCCGGUCCGCCUCUGUGCUCUUGCUGUUCAAUAAGAGGGACCUUCCGUGCACCAUGUCACUAGAGGAAAUGAAAUCACUCUUCAGGGUGGAUGACAUCAUUUCCUCCGCUCCUCAAUCGAUCACGGUCUUGGAGCUCAGUGCUCGCUCUGGAAAGGGCCUUCACGAAGUGCUGAACUGGCUGGACUCGACUCAACCCGACUGACCUGGACGACAUACAGGUCUGAUAGGAGAUCAUGGAAGACACCGACACACCGAUCUUAACCGUACAUAAUGAUACAAACAUCUGGGGUAGGAUCGCAGCACGAUCAGAACUUUGCGAAUGAGUGUUUCCCAAGCCGAGCGAAAAUGCAGCAGAGACGAUCUAAUCGGCACAUCAUCUGCAUUAGUGCAUACUUUUGUGGCUGAUGAUGUAAGAGUAACGUGGAAUUCAUUCUCCCUAUGAAGACUGUAAUGAUGCUUGGAUAUGACUCGCAGCAAACAGUCAACUGGUAUGAUAUUAAAUCGUUUGAGCCCGUUUUCACACUUUUGCACCAAGUAGUUUUUCGAUCGGAGUGCAAAAUGCAGGUUUUUGAACACACAUGUGAUCCAAGGAGCUCUGGUACACCUCAAGUACCACCUCAAACCUUUCGACAUAACCCAAACCGUCGACCAAUGUCCAUCCUCAGUGUACGAACGGACACGAAUACGUUAUUUGGAAUAAACAUACAAAUAAGAAAUUUUUAAGAAUGCUUUCCAGAAAGGUCCACAGGGCAUUGGGUUGAGAUGGGACUAGAGGUGUGGGCUCUCACAGGAUGCAGUUUAAAAAAUAAAAAUUUUAAAAAGGGGAAAAAGAAAAGAAAAAUAGCAUUAUGUUUUUACUUUUAAUGUAGGCAUGAGCGAGCAGUUAGAUAGGAAGCCCGCCGGACAAAGAAAGACUGCUACUGUGUGACGUAUUCACAGCAUCCUUAGUAACUGCCUGGUCAGGGCUGCGGUGGUUUAAAUAAGGCUACUAAUUUGUGUAUAUUUUGGGAAGUGAAAUCAAAUAAAAUGCUAAUAAAAAUGUAAUGAGUUAGAAAACAUCGCAGGCAGGUGCAAACAAAAACAGUAAUCGUGUAAGCGGCGUUAAAACAGUUCUGUUCACGUGUAGUUGAGAGCAGUUAUGCACUGGAGUGAUGUAGCUGAGGUUGAGGAACUGUCCGAGCCAGAAUUCUCACACGCUGCUGCAAUUUCGUCAUAUUUCAUUAAAAAAAUUUCUGGUUUAAGCUACGACCACUUCGGGUUUAAAUCCAAAUACAGAUGCAGAUUUAGAUGCAGUGUUAUUGCUAUACACGACUAGAACUGAUCCUGGGUAGAGAUUUGAGUAUUCAGACCCAGUUUGAAAACACCUCGACUGGUCCUGGGUUAUAAAAAGCUGCCCUUUUGUUUUUGUCGACAUCUUUACAAACCUACUGAUGAAAGUCAUGAAGCACAACCAUGAUAAAUUAAAAAAAAAAAAAAAAAAAAAAAAAAAAAAAA